GAUUCUGAUGAUGCAAUCGGCCGGGAAAGGAGGAGAGCUGAGGCGGCCACUCCACGCCGCCUGAAGGUCGCCGCGAACCUCCGCCCUUCACCUUCCUAGGAAAUCUGCCGCGCCACGCCGAGCCUCCCGCACCUUCCUCGCGGCCGGAGGCCACCUUUUCCCAGCUGAGGCUUUCAGACCUUGACACCAAGGACAGCAAACUGCAGCGUUCCGGGGACGGACACUUUGACGUCGUCUUUUGCCACCUUUCCCUUUAUUUCCCAAGGCAAGAAAUUGAAUUCAAGACCUCACACUUGCAAGGCAGGCUGCAGCACCACUGAGCUAAAUCCCCAGAUUUAUGGUACUGAAUAUUGAAUCCAAGGGUGCUCUACCAUAGAGGUAUUCGUUGAGUGUGUGCUGUGUACUGGGAGGCAUAUCUAUCCUCACAGAAAAACUCUGGAAGGCUAAAUGGCAAUACCUAUACCGUGAUCAACUUUGCUUGCUGAGAUAACAGGGAUAUUAAGCACAUAUAUUUGCUGUUAUCUGCUUUGAAUACUCUCAGAACAGGAGAAAUUUGGACUGAUUUUUGAACUACAUUCCUUCUAAACAUGAUGCAUUUCAAAAGUGGACUCGAAUUAACUGAAUUGCAAAAUAUGACAGUGCCUGAGGAUGAUAACAUUAGCAAUGAUUCCAAUGAUUUCACUGAGGUAGAAAAUGGUCAAAUAAAUAGCAAGUUUAUUUCUGACCGUGAAAGUAGAAGAAGUCUCACAAACAGCCAUUUGGAGAAAAAGAAAUGCGAUGACUAUAUUCCAGGAACAACCUCGCUGGGCAUGUCUGUCUUCAACCUAAGCAACGCCAUCAUGGGCAGUGGGAUUCUGGGACUUGCCUUUGCCCUGGCGAACACUGGAAUCCUUCUUUUUCUGAUACUUUUGACUUCGGUGACAUUGCUGUCUAUAUAUUCAAUAAACCUUCUAUUGAUUUGCUCUAAGGAAACAGGCUGCAUGGUUUAUGAAAAGCUGGGAGAACAAGUCUUUGGUACUACGGGGAAGCUGGUAACCUUUGGAGCCACUGCCCUGCAGAAUAUUGGAGCAAUGCUAAGCUACCUCUUCAUAGUAAAAAAUGAACUACCUUCUGCCAUAAAGUUUUUAAUGGGAAAGGAAGAGGAUUUUUCACCCUGGUAUGUGGAUGGCCGAUUUCUGGUGGUGAUAGUUACCUUCGGCAUCAUUCUCCCUCUGUGUCUCCUGAAAAACUUAGGGUACCUUGGCUAUACCAGUGGAUUUUCCCUGAGCUGUAUGGUUUUCUUUCUAAUCGUGGUUAUCUACAAGAAAUUUCAAAUUCUCUGCCCUUUCUCACAACUAAAUUCAACAAUAAGUGCUAAUUCAACAGAUACUUGUACGCCAAAAUAUGUUACCUUCAACUCAAAGACCGUGUAUGCUUUACCAACCAUUGCGUUCGCCUUUGUCUGCCACCCAUCAGUCCUGCCCAUCUACAGUGAGCUUAAAGAUCGAUCCCAGAAAAAAAUGCAGAUGGUUUCAAAUAUCUCCUUCUUUGCCAUGUUUGUUAUGUACUUCCUGACUGCCAUUUUUGGCUACUUGACAUUCUAUGAAAAUGUGCAGUCAGACCUCCUUCACAAGUACCAGAGUAAAGAUGACAUUCUCAUCCUGACGGUGCGGCUGGCGGUCAUUGCGGCGGUCAUCCUCACAGUGCCGGUGUUAUUUUUCACGGUUCGUUCAUCUUUAUUUGAACUGGCUAAGAAAACAAAGUUUAAUUUGUGUCAUCAUGUCUUGGUUACCAUCAUACUCUUGGUUAUUCUCAACUUGUUGGUGAUCUUCAUCCCCUCCAUGAAGGAUAUUUUUGGAGUCGUAGGAGUUACAUCUGCUAAUAUGCUUAUUUUCAUUCUUCCAUCCUCUCUUUAUUUAAAAAUCACAAACCAGGAUGAAGAUAAAGGCACUCAAAGAAUUUGGGCUGCCCUGUUUUUGGGUCUGGGGGUGCUGUUCUCCUUGAUCAGCAUCCCCUUGGUCAUCUAUGACUGGGCCUGCUCAUCCAGUAGUGACAAACGCUGCCAUUGAGAUUGGCUGAGAAAAAACAUUCUGGUCUGCUGCUCGUCAAAUCACCACACAUCAGCAGCCCCUCUCCAGUUCUUCUGAAAGAUCACAGGAGCAGACAGAAAUGUACAGGAUACUUCAAAUGGAAUAACACUUUGGGUGCAAAACAGAAACCUCUAUCUAAUGGUUCAUGUCCCUGCAAGAUCUGAGAUCUCUUUAGGGAUUGUGAAUCCACCCUCCCACCUCCCAAAUUUCAUAGAAGCAUAUUUUUUAGUACUUUUCACAAGCAAUUAUUCUCACUCUCCUGUGUUUUGUGGCUUCCUUGUCUCUUAGAGCUUUACAAACAUGAUCAUCAAUCAUGUUUAUUUAUUAGACAUCCAGAUUCUGAGAUAAUUUUCCUACUGAUGUUCAGCUCACAGUAUCUGUACCUUUUUAGAAGAGAAAAGAAUCUUGAAUUGUAUAUAUUUAUUUUGCUUUACAGGGAAAAAAAAUGGUUUCGUAACUAAUUUGCCUAUUUUGGUUAACACAGCACACAGGGAUAAUCCUAUGAAGGUCACAGGGUGUGUGCGAUUGCUGGAUCUGAGUGUGCCCAGUAUUUAAGGUGGCCCCAAUCCAGGCUGUCCAGUGGCCUGCUGGUUCUAAAUGAAGUUUGGUUUCCCUCUUGGCAUCCUGGGCCAGAAUUACUCUACUUGGUAUGAGCUUUUCCUAGGGGAGACCCUGGGCACCUGCAGCGAAAAGAUUAUUCAGAAUUUCUGAGAGACUGUUCCUCGGAUGAGGGUGGCCUUCAGCCCUGCACGUGUACUGCUGAAGGGGGAGAGAAUGAUCAAUGAGUUAGAAGUCCAGCAGUGCUUAGCCCUGCCUGCCAGCUUUUAGCAACAGAGAAUAAAGUGUACCUAAGGAUGAUUUAGGAUAAGCAGUUCCUGUUUUAUAUGGGUAUUUUAGAGGAGUCUUUAAAAGACUUAUUUUAUAUCUAUAGAGCUAGGUUCUUAUAAAGACAAGAUUUUUUGUAUCUUAAAUAAGUCUCAUUUCUGUUCAUUCUCCAUUAACUCUCCAUCUAGUGUUACAAAUAACCUCUCAGAGAUUGUCUUCUUGAACAACGUCUGCUGAAAUCACUGUGCCCCUUUCUUCCCAGACGGGGAAGGCAAGAGGGCCUCAGUGACUAAGCUGUCUCUGCCCGUCACUGCCCAUCUCAGCAGGACCCACAGGAGAGUAGCCACUCGUUACUGUUACCUUAGUCCUUCCAAAAGGAAAGAGUGUCACAGGGCGAGAGCUUGGGACAAGGCAGCAGGGGAAGAAAGGGAACCUCAAGGAAACCAGAGCCUCACCUCCCCGAGUGGGCCUCUCCUAUCACCAGAUUCUCCGAGUCCUGUGUGUGAUAAGCAGCAUGCCUGUUCGGUGAGCUAUUCUUUGAAACCGGGCUGUCUCUCAUCUGUGUGUAUUAAGGUUGAAUCCUCCAGAUAGAGGAGCUCACUGAGACGCCCAGAGUACUUGGAGCCUAACUGCAGAUGGUUGGCAGCAUGUCCCAGUGCUUCACUUUGGAUUCUGUACCUGACUCAGAUCCAGGCCUCCACUCUCGAUGAGAGUCACACAGAACUGUCCUUCCCUUUACAGACUAAUGUCCCAUCCAUCAGACAGACAUCAAAGGGUGCCAUGACCCUCGGGGGGGGGUAUUUCCUGCCUUGGAUCGGCAGCUUCUCCUGUAAUGCUAAGAAUUAGAGCUACAUUAGGUCAAAGUUGAGGCCAUUAGAUAGGUAUGAACCCUAAUUCCAUGGGACCCACAGCCCCCCCUCCUUUCCAGAAGUGGCUCCUGUAUUACAGGAGCAAUGACAGAAACAGCAAAACAGGUUCAGCUGCCCUUUGGAGCUUUUCUGGAGCACCACAUAAUGAAACUGUUGGGCAGUAGGACAACCCUACACUUAAAAAAUACAGUUUGCAGGCGAUGCUGUGCUCCUUUCUGUUUUUCUUGUUGCUUUGGAAUAGUUCACUUUAUAUUCACAAAGUGAAUUCAGAAAAUUAUCAUUAACUCUGGGAUGUGCAGUGAUAUUCUUGGAUCUCUGAAUUUUUUGGUGUCAGUACCAGAAGUUCAUUAUUUACAAUAUAUUUCUUUAGAGGGAUCACAUUGCUGUCGAUGUCUAUGAGACCACAGGUUUUCAAGCCCUUCCUUGUAUGUUUAUCGAAGUUUGCUGUUACUGAAUACAAUAGACCUUACAUUGCUAUAACUUGUCAAAUGUCACUGAUCACAUGAUUUGCGUGGGAGUUGCUGAAAAGUGCACCUCUCUUAUUCUUGUUCAGAAUAGUGAAUCGGUAGUCAAAAAGUACAUGCAUCAUAGAUGUUAGGUAGAAUUUAAACAGCACAGUCAAGUGCUAUAGAUGUUUUUCUGCUAAAUUAGUAGACUAAAGCGUACUAGACCUUAGCCAUGGGAAGCUGCACAUUUUCCUGUGGUAGAUAGGAUCUCUACACUAGGGAACCAUGCCAGUGCAUUCUUUGGGUUUAGAACUGUUCUCCUUAUUAUAACAGAGAAUACUAUAAAACCCUAAUUUACUUAGUGCUACUUAUUGGAAGUGGGAGUAGUGAAACGUGUCCUGGAAGAAAGUCUAUUCACGUAGGCACAGGCAGUCUCCAGUGUGUAAGAUUAGAGUCCAAAAUUUUGUAGGUUGAUUGUUUGCAACCUAGAAUGUAUUUUCCUUUAGAAAUCAGGUUAUACAUUGAGGUUUGGGCUCCCAGACCAGCUAGAAAAAAUAAUCAUACCUAUAGUCUAGCUUAAAUCGAAUAGGUGAUAAGACUGUAAAAGAACUGAGCCGCAGAAUGGAAUACUGUCUCUAGGGGUAUGUAUGUCCUCAGAGUGGCCAAGAAUAUGUCACUGGCUGUUGUUGGUAGAAUCUGGACUGCCCACUCCCAGCCACCUCUAGCAGGCACCAGUUACGAGGUGAGCACAGAGGCUAGGAACAUAGUCCCCUGCAAAGAUAAGGAGGAGUAGGUCUAGAAGCCUGGAGGUAGGAGGAGGAAGAAGCAGGAUGAGACCUUUCCUGUGGGUUGUAAAGUUGGAGGACAUUUCCUGGCUAGUACCUGAUCUUUCCUCUGCCUCUCGAGCCAGCUUGCCUGCGUCUGUUGGUAGGAACUUUGCUCCCAUCGCUCACACCCUCCCACUCCCAGCCCCACCACAGAAGAGGACACUGCGUGGCUUCUCCCCCAUGUCAGGGGUGGCAGCUAACACACCAAACUUGUAAUAAUAGUCCUAGUGCUAGUGGCCAUGGUUUAACUGCGCCAUAACCAAAGGAAGGCUAGAGAAAGCUUGCUACCCACUUUCUUUUUUCACAUUUUCACACCCUAUGAAAAGGAAGUGUGGUGCUGAAGGUUGAGGUGGACAAAGAUUCCUCAGCAUUUUGGAGGACACCUCAUUUCCAGGAACUGACUUCUUUCUGGAGUUGUACCUAGGCUUCCAAGCCAAUGGUUCUCAAAGUGUGGAGGGAGGGCAGCAGUCUGUUGCGCCUUUCAGGGGCACUGAUUCACUUCAAGCUUGAGGACCCCUCUAAGCUGAUUAGCCUCUCCUUUGUUCUGCCUGUUAGUCCUGCCCUGGAGAAUAGUUCCUAGAACUCCUGAGGUGAGAACCAGAGCUCAGGGAAGGAGUAGUGUCCCUGCAAGAGGUGCUGCUGCCCUCAGGGGUCCUGGGGGUGAGGCACAAUAGUACUACAUUUUUCACAGCUGUGAAGAGGUCAAAAUGAAUUUUUUUCCCCUCCCCUCUUCUCCCUGGAAAGACCUUAACCUCAAACAAAAGUUUAUGCUUGGACCAAGCUCUCCAAGGCGUUCACGUUCAUUGUGAGAUCAUCACAGCUGGCCUCCUUGGUGUGAAUUUUCCCUCAGUGGUUCAGGACUCGCAUAGCACUGGCAAGGCCCUGGGUUCCAGUCCCAACCCACAAAGAGAUAAACAGGUUGCAUUAUCUACUGCAGGGUCUGCCCUGAACUCUCCCAUGCUCUGAGCAGAGCAGGGCUCAGUUCCCUUCCAGGAGGCAGUGUCGGAAGGCACUUGUAGUUGGAGUGGGGAGGAGGCGGGUGAUCUGAUCAGACUGUUGAUUUUAUCUUAGAGCAAAAACCUAUUCAUCUCCUUCCGUUUAUCAGUUUAAAUGGUUUAAGGCUUACAAAGAGCAUAGGCUUUAAGAAUAUAAUUUCCCCAUUCAAGUAAACAUCUAGCCACUUUCAAAACAGAUACAGCAUCAUUUAGCAAUAUUAAUAAAUGGUUUUCCUUAGGGAUAGCAGAUCGGAGAAUUCUUAGCAACACAACAUCCUCUCAAAUGUAGUGAAUUAUUGAUAAUAAUAUAAGGCUUUCAGGUACGAAUUGGGGGCGGGUGGCUGACAACUGAAAGCUAUCACUAAAUCGAAAAGGGAGAGUUCUUGGAAAACAAUGUGAAACAGGCACGGAUGCACACACCUUGUUCCUCAGAGCUUCCUCUGAGGAAGGGCUGUGUAGCUGAGCCUGUCUGCACACAGGCUCGGGUUUGUAUUUUUAAAGGAAUCUAUGCAGCUGAGGCUUCUUGUAGGAAUACUUCCUCUGUAUGUAAAUACACUGUAAAUAAAUAGGAGGCUGUAUAUUUUUGCAGUUGUUGAUCCACACUGAAAUAGAAGUCACUAGUAUCUGCAUAUAAAGAAUAAAUGUUUUCGUGGAUAUUAGUGGUUUUGUCUGGGAAUUAGGAAAAAUUUCACAUUCUCUCCCAGGUAACAUAGAUUUCUCAGUAUAACCUUAAAAUCUAAAACCUUAUUCAAUUGUUUAGAAAAAAAAAAUCCAAGAAAUAUCUGUGUUGAUUUCUUAUGCUGGUGUUAAGAUCGAGUAUUUAAACAGUAGUUCUCUGAGCUACCGGUAAGGAGUAUUUAGACCCAAAUCAUUGUCAUUUAGAAACAGGCAUACCUAAGAUGACAGCCUGUUUCUUCAUCAAGUUCUUUCACUGUUACCAUUGAUGCCGCUACACAGUAUUUAUGGAAACAGAAGUUAGAGGGAGAAUUUUUUUUUUUCCAAAAUACUUGCUUCAUUUCCCAAACUUUAGGAUCUUGGGCAGGGAGGCGGGGGCUGAAUAUUAACUAUGAGCACAAGUUUGAAGGAAAAAAAUGUUAUUUUACCAAGAUUUUAAAAAUCGUGCAUGUCUGCUGUUUAUUUUAAUGUCUACACCAACACAGAAUGUCUUACAUUGAUUUCUACCCCAAGCACUUGUAUUUCUAGAGCAUUGGUACAUAAUCCACUCUCCAGCGUUCAGUACAUUUUAGAUUUCCCAUGAGUCCAUCACCAUGUAGCACACCACAGUUUUAUUAAUGUAAGAACCUUGUAAAUGAAUUCCAGAUGGGUGAUUUAAGAGUCACAAGUCACAAAACUUUGCUAUUCACAGUUGAUCAAAAUAGAGCUGUUUUUUCCCCUCAAGGUGUGGUGUAAAUAAAGAAAUGUAAGUUCUGUCUUAUAACUGUUCUGUUAACAUAGUUUUUAAACAAUUAAAAUGUGAACUAAAAGUA